AGAAUAAUAAAUCCGCGUACGAUAAAAAUCUCUCACAAAAUAUAAAAGCCCUUAAGCGCGGUGGUCUGCGGAGCCCAGAGCUGCCCAAAGCGCGAAAGCUCUAGAAUUGCCCAGCCCUGAGCAGCAGCACGAACUCGUAACAACGCAAAAAUGUCUGUCACUCUUCACACAAAUCUCGGGGAUAUAAAGUGCGAGGUCUUCUGCGACGAGGUCCCUAAAACCGCCGAGAAUUUCUUGGCGCUAUGUGCGAGCGGUUAUUAUGAUGGGACUAUAUUUCAUAGGAAUAUCAAGGGUUUCAUGAUACAAGGUGGAGAUCCCACUGGUACGGGCAAGGGAGGGACUAGCAUUUGGGGCAAGAAGUUCAAUGAUGAGAUAAGAGAGUCUCUCAAGCACAAUGCAAGGGGAAUAAUGUCAAUGGCAAAUAGUGGUCCCAAUACAAAUGGAAGCCAGUUCUUCAUUAGCUAUGCAAAGCAGCCACAUCUCAAUGGAUUGUACACUGUGUUUGGCAAAGUGAUUCAUGGGUUUGAGGUUCUUGAUAUCAUGGAAAAGACUCAAACUGGAGCAGGGGAUCGCCCUCUUGCAGAGAUCAGGCUUAAUCGAGUGACUAUACAUGCUAAUCCUCUUGCUGGUUAGCCCUGAUUUUGGACUGGUUGAAGGAGGCUGGGAUGUAAUCUAGCAAAUAGUUGCAGCUAUGUGUUUGAACAAUGAGAGGAAAUACAUAGCGAGUGCUGUCAUCACUAGCAGAGAAUAUGUAUAGCACAUUUUUGUUACUUCGUUAGACUCACUUAACUUGUAACUUUGGUAUCUACCAUUCUGGUUGCCUUGUUAUGACUUAUAUGUUGCCUGAAGUUAUGAGUAUAACUUGUUCCCGUAGGGUUUAGUUGAAGUUAACAAACUUGUAUCGAUUUGGUUUUGUUGCAUUUAUACCUUACCUAAUUGGGGAAACUAUGUCGCAGAGGAUUCUUGCAGCUAGUCCCCUCUGGUUGUAUA